AUGGCAGACCAACUCCUCGAACAAGCGCGCCAUGUCUUUGAGGGACAGAUUGAUUUUGAGGGCCAGCGGCUGGCCGACCUGCUGAGCACAGUGCUGCUGGGUGCUGCUGGCAUCCUCGCCUUCAUCGUCGGUUUCAUGGCCCAGGACAUCCGCCUCGCCCUCUACGUCGGCCUCGCCGGCACCGCCCUCACCUUCGUCGUCGUCGUGCCCCAGUGGCCCUUCUACAACAAGAACCCCGAGUCGUGGCUGCCGGCCUCCAACGCGGCCUCGCAAUACAACAUCGACGUGGACGGCGAGAAGGUGGGAUAG